AUGAGCUGGUCGCGCUCCGCCUCCGGCCCUCCCAACGUGACCUCUCCUGCCGCCGGCCAGUUCCUGCCCUCGCCCGCACCACCUCGCCUCAGCCUCCCUCAAGGAUUCAGCCAGCAGCCCACCCCCCACGCAUGUGUCGCCGUGGUACCUCGCCACUCCCUGCCCAGCCCAGCCAGCCAUUUCGACGCCGCCCCUACAGCUCCCUCACCCCGCUGUACCUCGCCCCACCCAGCCCAGCCACCCGCUCCUACGGGUAACUCACCUCCGUGCAUCAGCCUCUACCCGCCGCACACACCUCCCACGGCUGUCUCCCUCCUUCGCCAGCCCAGCACACCAGCCUUCUGCCGUUGCGGUCUCCGGCUUCCCCCGUCGGCGCCUUUCUACUCCCGCAGCAUCGACCCUACCGUUGGUGUUCCUGAGGCGGCACCCCCGCCGUAG